CAGAUGACGUUACUUUCCGGACAACAUUUUUCUUGUAAACAUUGGACCAAGCGUUAAUUGUUUACUGAUUCCUGUUAAAAUCAAAGGACUAACUGGCAUUUACCAUCUUAAUCUCCAUGUUAAAGACCAGCUCAUGUAUGACAUUGCCCAAAAAAUUGCUGGCUUUUCAAUCAGUAAAUACCUCAAUAUUGCGUCAGCUUGUUAGUUUAAAUGGUCAAUGGCCAAUCACUUGUACAUUUAACCAUAACUGUACACUUAAUCAUUUCAAAGAAAUUGAAGAGCGAUGGAAACCAAUUUUAAAUGAGAAAUGGAAAAAUUACAGUAAAACUGUUGAUACGACUUCAGAAAAUCAUCGUUAUGUAUUGUCUAUGUUUCCAUACCCGAGUGGAUCCUUGCAUCUAGGUCAUGUACGUAUUUAUACAACUACUGAUGUAUUGACUCGGUUUUUCCGCCAACGAGGAAAUUCUGUGGUAAAUCCGAUGGGUUGGGACUCGUUCGGAUUACCUGCUGAAAAUGCGGCUCUUGAAAGGUCGAUGAGUCCAGCCAUUUGGACUUAUCAAAAUAUAAAAACGAUGGAAGCUCAACUGAAAAGCCUUGGUCUCAAUUUAAAUUGGAGAGAAGCAACAUCAGAUCUAAGUUUUUAUCGUUGGACCCAAUGGUUAUUUUUACAAUUAUUCAAUGAAGGAUUAAUAUUCAAAUCAAUGAGUUGUGUCAAUUGGGAUCCAGUUGAUAAAACAGUUUUAGCUGACGACCAAGUUGAUGAAGAUGGUAAAUCAUGGCGAUCAGGAGCAAAAGUAGAAAAAAGAUUUCUUCGUCAAUGGAAUAUUAAAAUAAGUGCCUUCCAUGACGAACUGUACCAGUUCAAAGAUGUCAACCUAAAUAACCAAGCAUGGAAAGAAUUAGCAGCUAAUCAAAAAUUUUUUCUUGGUGAACCAGAUACUUAUAUAUUUUACCUUAAUUAUGGAAAAAAUAUUCUUCCAAUUCUAUGUGAUUUUCCUGAGUAUCUUGCUGUUGAUGGUUCAUAUAUAGCGGUAAAUAAGGAUCAUUGGAUACUUGAAUCGAGAAAUCCAGAAUCCAUCAAAGUUAUAAAUCCUUUAUCAAAUCAAGAGAUGGAAGUUAGGGUUUUAAACGAAGAAGAUCAAGAUAAACUUCCUUCCAGUGGUAGAGCGAUUAUUCUUCAUCCAGAUAAACCGAUUUCUGAAAACCUUCGAGAUUCAGUCCUUCGUGACUGUACCAAGCUCGGUUUAGGAGGUUAUAAGACUUCUAAGAAAAGUCAUGAUUGGGUCAUUUCUCGUCAGCGUUAUUGGGGAACACCUAUUCCAAUAAUAGAUUGUCCUUCUUGUGGACCUGUCGCUGUCCCCACAGCUGAUUUACCUGUUGCUUUACCGCAAGUUAAAGACAUAAAUCCACUUUAUGAAUUGGAAGAGAAAGAUGCAAUUAAAGGGCGACUCGGAUUGGUUGCACCUAAAGAAUGGCUUGAUGUAAAUUGUCCUAAAUGCAAUCGUCCAAGUGUUCGAGAAACAGAUACAUGCGAUACUUUUUUUGACUCAUCUUGGUACUAUUUGCGUUAUGCAACUGAACCAAGUGACUCUCAAGCUUUUGACAAAGAAACUAACCGGAAACCAGUCCAUUUGUAUGUGGGUGGCGCUGAGCACAGUCGUGGUCAUCUUCUUUAUGCUCGAUAUAUUUUUCAUUUCUUAAAAAGUAGAGGAUUCAUAGAUUCUUCUUCUAAUGAACCAUUUAGAAAUCUACUUUUUUUAGGUUAUGUUCUAGGUCGUACAAUCAAAUACAAUGAUCGCUUCAUAACAGAGGAUGAGCAGCAGAAAUUGAUUGAUUCAAAGAAAGUGUCACCAGAUGACUUUGUAAUUUCUUGUGAAAAAAUGUCAAAAUCUAAAGGAAAUGGUUUGGAUCCAAUGCAGUUAAUUGAUCGUUAUGGUAUCGAUGCUACCAGAGUCACUUUACUUGGUUUUGGUUUGCCUAGACGUGCUCGAGAAUGGCAUGGACACAAAACUGAAUACGAAGAGAUUUUUGUUAUUUUACGCCGUCUCUUUCUUACUAUUGAUCAAUUCAUUUUUGUUCGUGAAUUACUAAAUGAAACCAAAACAGCUCCAGUUGUCAAGAGAUUUGUUAUCUCUAGAGAAAAAGAUCAAACAAAAAUAGAGUCAAUAUUGACUAAAUAUGAUCAUGAAAGAAAGAAAACUAUAAAGAAAGUGACUUCUGUUAUUGAAAAUGAACAUUAUCCAGCACUAGGAGUUAACAUGUUGAAAAUUUUCCUAAACUUGAUUAGAAAAAGUAUUCUGAAUGUUGAUGUUUGUAAAAAAAUCGAAUUUGAAAGAUGUUUAGGAGAUAUUAUCAUAAUGCUUGGACCUGUGAUACCUCAUCUAGCUGAAGAAUGUUGGUCUGGUUUUUGUUCAGCUGCAGACCAAAAAGCUCAUAAAUCUUAUUACGAUUUUCAGAAAUUAGUCUGUGAGCAAAAAUGGCCAGAACCAUAAAAUUGCAAUAUAUAAUAAUUGUAUUUAUUUUAUACAUUAAAGAUGAAGAAAGUAGAAUAAACUAGA